AUGAUGGACGCUGACCGACUGAAGGUGCCCUCUUCUGGCGAACCAUUGGCGCCGGGAGACUGUACACCAUCAAGAAGAGGGCAUCGCCAUAAGCGGUCUUUCGCAAUUUCCCAGGACCUAGAUUUUCUUCGGCAACCACCAGGAACUCCACAAGAGAAACCAACACAUCAGACAUCUCCACCUGUUCAACAUAGCGAUAUGAGUCCUCGCUUUUUUAUGAGCGAGGAAUCAACGUUCUCGCAUGAUGUUCCAAACGCAAUAAUUGACUUAGACGAUGCUCUCACCACCAAGCCACAAUCGUUUACCUCCCAUAGAAGAGCCGAGUCAGCACCAGCAAAUUUGAUAUUACCUUUUAAAAUAGAGCCCUCAAAGCCUCCUGCACAACCACUCCGUAUUGAAGAGGAAGACUCUGAGAGUGAUAACGAAUAUGUUCUUCAUGACUCUUUAAUGUCACCCUUGCGUGCUAAGUCCCAGUCACCUUUCUUAAAAAGCCCUUCAGCCUCUACAAAAUCUCCUCAACCCGCCAGGAGAAGCCAAUAUAACAACAAUGCUCUCAAGAUUAACAAGCAAAAAGAGAGAUAUUUAAAUUACUCAAAACAGCUACCUGCUGCCGGCUCACAGAUACAAAAUCAAUGCUGUCCUCAGGAACCUUCCUCCACAUCUCUUUCUUCGGACUUGACGUCUGAGGCAACAACGCCAGCUGCAACCGUCAAUACCCCCAACACGCCUAUCUUUUCUGUCUUGAAGUUUUCAGGCAGGUCGCCGAGUCCACGAAAGACCUUUAACUUCGAGAGCCAGGUGUAUGAUUUACCAUCGACUGAUAGUGCCGUUAGUGACGACGGCAAAGACGCGGAUGAUGGGAACACUCUGACGUUUACAGUCACUAACGCAACUUACGAACCGAUGCAUAGGCGAUCCAAAAGUGUUGCUGCUUGUGAAGCUUCGGAAGGGCUCCGAAUACCGAAGGAAAUCCUACUUGGAGAACCGGGCGGUAGUGUCGAUUUAUCAAAAACGGUGACAGAUCCUAAAGGCGAAGCAGCACCAUCAUCUAAGCUAGAAAAACCGUUUAAAGCCUCUGUCUCUGGCUCAUAUGAAAACCGCAGUGUCAGCGAUAGUGCUGUAGUAAAUGAUAAAAUAUCUGGUUCACACUCUAGGCGAAGGGGAAAGCUGAACAUUCUCUCGUCCAUUUUCUCGCGGCUCAAGAGCUCGAAGUGA